GCGAAUUCCAUUUUUCAUAGUAUGGGUAAUUGUGGAUGUUUGAAGAGAAAUGAUAAAGAAUUUGAUGAUUUUGAAUAACAACCAAUUUAGUAAACUCAAAAUUAAGAAAAUUCAGAAUAAUAGAAACCCACAAUAUAAUUAAGUACACAUUCUGUUCCUUAAAGACUUAAAAUUAAAGAAACUGUGAAUUUAAGAAAAUCUCAAACUAUUGAAGGUGAAAAGAAACUUAAUGAUUAUAUAUUGAAAUAAGUAUUAGGAUAAGGUACAUUUGGAAAAGUGAGAUUAGCUGAAAAAAAUUUAUAAAACUAUGCAAUUAAAAUACUCAAUAAAAGUAGACUUAAAAAGUAGAGAGAAUAUUAUACUGAUUCAAAUGGAGGUUAUUUCUUUUUUUAAUCAUAUUAGUUGUAAAAAUUAAGAAUGCUUUUUAAAAUGUAGCUAAGGAGAUAGCUAUAAUGAAGAAGUUACGUCAUCCUAAUAUUAUACGCUUAUAUGAAAUUAUAGAUUCACCUAAUUCAAAUAAAAUGUAUAUGGGUAUUCUCUGCUUUUAUUAUAAAAGUAAUGGAAUACGCUUAAAAUGGUUAAUUAAUUGAUUGGGAUGAAGAUUUAGGAUAAUUUGUUUUAACUAAUCAAGAUUUUUAAAUUACAGAAGAUAAAUUGAGACUUAUUUGUAGAGAUAUUAUUAAAGGAAUAUACUAAAGUAAAUAUAAUAUAUUAUAUUAUUAUUAGUGCAUGAAUUAGGAAUAGUUCACAGAGAUCUUAAACCUUAAAACAUUUUAUUUGAUUUAAAGUUUAGAGCUAAGAUUUGUGAUUUUGGAGUUUCUUAAAUCAUUAAUGGUGAUACAGAACAUUAUGGUACUAAUGGUACUUAUUUAUUUUUGGCUCCUGAGUGCUUUGAAAAUGGGUAAUUUGAUAGAAAAGCUGCAGAUAUUUGGGCAUUUGGAAUUACAAUAUAUUCAUUUGCUUUUUUAAGAGUACCUUUUAAUGGAGUUGAAAUUUAAGAAAUUAUGGAUUCAAUUUUAUAAAAUGAGUAAACUUCUAUUAUAUUAAUAGAAUUUAAUAUCCUAAUUGUAGAAUGGAAUUUUAAAAUUUUCUUUAAAAAUGUUUAAAUAAAGAUCCUAAUCAAAGAGCUUCAAUAAAAGAAUUAGCAAGAGAUCCUUGGAUAAAUGAAGGUCAGUAGAUUUAAUUAAAUGAUGAGAUUGAAUAGAAACUUAUUAAUAUAGAAGUUAAUGAGGUAGAAGUUUAAGAGGCAUAUUCAUUAGCUACAUUUAUUUUAAUAAAAAAUUGGGUUGCUAAAUUAAAAAAUUAAUGA